AUGCGCCCCGACUGCUAACCCAGGAAGAUGCUCCCACUCGGAAGGAGGCGGAGCCCGUUCACACGUGUUUCCCUGCCGUUCCUCCUCGGCAAUCCCUGAUCCGAGGCUGUGGGGCAAGGGAUGCAGCUGAGGCGCAGGAAGGCAAUCAAUCAGGGCGGCGCACUCCUUUGUGGAAGCCUCCGAAGUGAGGAGUGAAGCCUCCGGACUCCACUGGGCUCUUUGGCUGCUGCUGUUGCCUCCGCAGCAGUAGCAACAACCGCCUGGACUGGCGCCUUUGGAAGAAGAAGAAGGGGAAGGAGGCGGAGAGGAGGAGGAGGAGGAGAAGGGGCGGAAAGGAAGCGGAGGCGACUCGGAGGAGGCAGCAGCCCGAGGCGGCGAGGAUGGAGCCCGGCAAGGAGGCCCCGGACCCAGCGGGGGAGGGGGACCCGGAGUCUUGCUCCUCUUCCUCCUCCUCCUCCUUCCAGGCCCGGCUUUGGCGGAACCUGCAAAUGGGCAGCAGAAGCAAAAGCCGGGGCGGCAUCAGCGAGCGCCGCAGUGCGGAGACCUCGCCGUCCUUGCCCCGCGCCCGGGAGCAGCCGGGACCCUCCAAAUGGGCCGGAUUCCGCCGCAGGAAGCCCGUCCUGGACCGGGUCUUCUCCUCCUCGCAGCCCAACCUCUGCUGCAACUCGGCCGAGACCUUGGAAGGCCCCGAAGCCGGCUCGGCGCUGCGCCGCUUGCGGGAACACAUCCUCCACCCGCCGCGCAGCAAAGGCAACACGCCUCCUUCGUCCGCUUCGUCCUCGGUGGCCUCCUCGCCCCGGCUGCCCCGGGAGAAGAGGGGCGCGGAUGGGGCGCCCAAGGCGGAGGAGAAGGAAGAGAAGGAGGGGAAGGGGCACCAGCACCCGCAGCAGCAGCCCCUGUCCCACCAGAAGAGCUCCUCGCUCCCGGGCACCGCUUGCUUGGAGCAGCUGCUGCAGGAGUCGCCCACCAAGGGCAAGGGCAAGGGCAAAAACACUGGUGGAGCUAGCAGCAGCCCCAAGGCCAGCCCUCGCACCGCCCCCAGGAGCCCGCAGAGAACCAAUCCUGCUGGAACAAGCAAUUCAGAAUUAUCCCAGGCGGAUCCUGGAAUGUACCAGUUGGAUAUUACGUUAAAAAGUGGUCACAAUUUAGCUGCUCGUGAUCGGAGAGGAACAAGUGAUCCAUAUGUGAAAUUUAAAAUUGGUGGGAAAGAAUUCUUCAGAAGCAAAACAAUCCAUAAGAACCUUAAUCCUGUAUGGGAGGAAAAAACUACCAUCAUUAUUGAACACUUAAGGGAACAGCUGUAUGUAAAGGUAUUUGAUUAUGACUUUGGGCUUCAAGAUGACUUCAUAGGGUCAGCCUUUUUGGAUCUGAAUUCACUAGAACAAAACAGGCCAAUUGAUGUUACACUAAAUCUGAAGGAUCUACAUUAUCCAGAUGAAGACCUUGGGACUAUAUUAUUGUCUGUGCUACUCACACCAAAAGACCAAAGGGAAGGGACAAUGCUAAUGAGGAAGAGUUGGAAAAGAUCAAGUAAGUUUCAGACCCAGAGUAUACGCCUGUCAGACCUGCACAGAAAAGCUCAGCUCUGGAGAGGAAUUGUCAGUGUCACUUUGAUUGAAGGCCGUGAACUCAAGGCUAUGGAUCCAAAUGGACUUAGUGAUCCUUAUGUGAAAUUCCGGCUAGGACAACAGAAGUACAAGAGUAAGAUUAUGCCAAAAACUUUGAAUCCUCAGUGGAGGGAACAAUUUGAUUUUCAUCUCUACGACGAAAGAGGUGGAAUUAUUGAUAUUACAGUCUGGGACAAAGAUGCUGGCAAAAAGGAUGAUUUUAUUGGCAGGUGCCAGGUUGACCUAUCAACCCUAAGCAGAGAACAUACUCAUAAGCUGGAGUUAUCUCUGGAAGAAGGAGAAGGCUAUCUGGUACUACUAGUCACCUUGACUGCUUCUGCUACAGUCAGCAUCUCUGACCUCUCAAUCAAUGCCUUGGAGGACCCAAAGGAACUGGAAGAAAUACUAAAGCGAUAUAGUCUACUGCGCUUACUUAAUAACAUGAAAGAUGUGGGAUUUCUCCAAGUGAAGGUCAUCAAAGCAGAAGGAUUGAUGGCAGCUGAUGUUACAGGUAAAAGUGAUCCCUUUUGUGUAGUUGAGUUGAACAAUGAUAGACUGUUGACCCACACAGUAUACAAGAACCUUAACCCUGAGUGGAACAAAAUCUUCACCUUCAACAUUAAAGAUAUUCAUUCAGUUCUCGAAGUGACGGUCUAUGAUGAAGAUCGAGAUCGGAGUGCUGACUUCCUGGGCAAAGUGGCCAUCCCAUUGUUGUCUAUUCAAAAUGGUGAACAGAAAGCCUACGUCUUGAAAAACAAGCAGCUGACAGGGCCAACAAAGGGGGUCAUCUAUCUUGAAAUAGAUGUGAUUUUUAAUGCUGUGAAAGCCAGUAUACGAACAUUAAUGCCUAAAGAACAGAAGUAUAUUGAAGAAGAGAACAGAAUUUCUAAACAGCUUCUUCUAAGAAACUUUAUGCGCAUGAAACGUUGUGUCAUGGUUCUCAUAAAUGCUGCCUACUACAUAAAUAGUUGCUUUGACUGGGAUUCACCACCAAGGAGUCUUGCUGCUUUUGUGCUCUUCCUUUUUGUGACUUGGAAUUUUGAGCUCUACAUGAUUCCUCUGACCUUAUUGCUACUGCUGGCAUGGAAUUACUUCCUGAUCGUAUCAGGGAAAGAUAACAGGCAACAUGAUACAAAGACCUCUUGGGUUCAAACAGCUUUCCUGCUUCUCCUUGCUGAAGUAGUGGAGGACAUGCUAGAGGACGAGGAAGAAGAGGAUGACAGAGAUGACAAGAUGGAAGCAGUUCUGCAAUGGCUGAAGGUCCAGCCCGUUGCCUUUCCUACACUGGACAUAACUAAAACACACACAACGGACAGUGAAAAGAAAGGAUUUAUGAAUAAGCUCUAUGCCAUUCAGGAAGUAUGUGUCAGUGUCCAGAACAUCCUUGAUGAAGUGGCUUCCUUUGGAGAAAGGAUAAAGAAUACAUUCAACUGGACUGUUCCAUUCUUAAGCUGGCUGGCCAUUGUUGCCCUCUGUGUGUUCACAGUCAUCCUGUAUUUCAUUCCACUGAGAUACAUUGUCCUUGUCUGGGGUAUCAAUAAAUUUACAAAGAAACUCCGAAGUCCAUAUGCGAUUGAUAACAAUGAACUGAUAGAUUUCCUCUCCAGAGUUCCAUCAGAUGUACAAGUGGUGCAGUACCAAGAACUGAAACAAGACCCUACCCACAGUCCAAGUAAGAGGAAGAAAAACAAUCCUGGCUAGCCUAUUCCAUAUCCUGAGGAGACCAACAUCUGUUUGAGGGGGAUGAAAACAAAACCUAAGGAGCUUUUCCUCUCUCUAAGCUUUAUUUAUUUUGCCUUUUAAUCAUAAUGGGGAAAGGUGUUAAAAUAGCUGUACAAAAGGAUUUAUCAGUAAAAACAAACUUUCAGUCUUAUGGAACUGUAAUGAAAAUUUCUGAUCUACCUGAGACGGAAGCUUUGUUAGAUGAGAGAGCUCAUUUAUAGCAUGAAUGUAAAAUGGCUAGUGAUAGACUCAUACAAUUGGAUAAGCAGAAGUUGUAGUAAUUUGAAUGUUUAAUUCAUGCUCUGGUUACUUUUUUAAAAGCUCGGUGAGAGUUUUUGCAUGAAUCAUAUUUUUAUCCAUUUUUUUCAUUUUUAUUAAAUUGUAUUUUGUACAUUUCACCAUAAUUACAAAGGAAAAAAGCUAAUUCUUACAUUUUAUCCAAAAUGACGGUCUUAAAAUUCUACCCUCCUCUAAAUAAACACAAGUUUUUUAAAAAAACUGACCACAGCUUGCAUGAAGGCAAGUGAGGUAGACACUAAAUAUAAAUGCCAUACUAGACUCAAAAGAUUGAAAACUGUUCUUAACACUUUUAUCAUUCCAUCACAAGAAUGUUUGAGGGGAGAAGUACCUGUACCUAAAAUACUGCCAGGUUUAUAACUGAUUGCAUAUCUAACUUUUUAUAUUGCCACUAAUUUUGAUUUAUACUUAACUAGCCUAGUGAACAACAGUCAAUAUAUAAUUCAGCAGUAAAGUAACUAUCAAAACAAAAACAUGUUGCUUCAAGUGUCAGAUUAUGAAAGUUCUUUCUGCAUAUCAAGAAAGUUUAUUACUUUAGAUUUGCUUCCAAAGUCAUUUUAGGCUUUAUAAUAUGGCAUUUUAGCAGUUACUCUGGCAAAAUGAAAAUAUAAUGUGAGCAGAAUGUAUAUAACCUGUUUUGUUCCUUUAAUUUAAUCAUCUAAUUGGUUCUCUAAAUAUUUAAGUGCCCUCUGUAUAGGGAAAACAUUUUAUAAAUUGUGGCUGAAAGAAAAAUAUGGUUUACAUUUCAAAAUAUUGCCAUUGCAUUAUGAGAACUUAGAAAUACAUGAAUAAGCUGUGACUUGUAAUAAUCUUGAGUUGACUCUGCAUACCUAAGGACCUUAUAAAUACGAUAUUAAAGCUAUUACUGCACUAGUAGAAGUAGUCUGCUGGUGCAACAACAUUUUCCCCCCUUUCUUCUCUGGAAACCCUUAGCACUGCCAAUCAGGAUUUCCAGAAGCAGAUUUUAGGAUGUGCAAGGGCCUUUGCUGAGAAGGGAGGAGGAGGAGAAUUUCCCCUCUAUUCUACUGAUGGAAGCAGCUCCGUCAGUGGAUUGACGCCACUGGAUACUAUCCAUUGUCCUUGCAGAGGCUUUUUGAGGAGAGAGCAAAGGACCAAGUCAGGAUGAAAGGAUCUUUUCCCUCAGGGGACAAAAGGUGAUUCCAUGCUCUUCAUACAGGGCAGUGAGUCUGAAUUAUGGUUGCCUAUCAAGUUCUAUUGCACUACUAUGAUACUUUUUUUCCAGAGAGAUAUUAACCAACAUAUGCACAGAAUAAUGUAUAUAAAUUAAUUUAAUUCUUAAAAUGCAUUUCUCAUGAAAGCUGAUUUUUCAGAUUAUUUUUAUCUUGGUUCCUUUGUAAGAAACAGCAACAGAUCUCUAUUUUGGUCUUGCCUAUUUAUACAAUAUGCUUGAAAGGAUGCCAAACAAGUUCUGUAUCUACAGGGAAGGCUUGUCCUAGACAUGUUCUGGCUGUGUAGCCAGGUGAUUGUGACUUAUUUAUUAUGCACAUAUAUAUGCAGGUCCUGUCUGUCUAUUUUAUUGCUGAUGAGCAAUAUGCCAUUAACGAAUUCAUCCUAUUGAAGAAUAUGUAUUGAUGUGAAUUUUCAUUUUUUUAUCUGUACUAUUUUGUUCACUGUGAAAAUAUGCUAUGUAAUACAUGAAAACAUUUUCUCGGAUUUGUUUAUUUCUAUCCUCUAAUAUUUUUGGAUAUUUCUUUUUUCCUGUAAAGAAUGCUUACCUAACUUAUUUAGGCCAUUAAACUCAUAUAAGAAACUA